UCAUAAACAAAAGCGUAACAUCAGCGGCUCUCUCUCUCUCACUUUUCAAAAAGCUGCACCACUGUCUUUCCUAUCUCCUUUGCAUAUUCUCUUCCCGCAGACUCUAUCCCCCCCCUCUCUCUCUCUCAUUGGAUAAUCAAGUUGAAUUGAAGGUGUCUGCCUCUAUCUGAUCCAGGGAAUCUCUAAUCCUAGGCUCCCCCCGGUAUUUACUUACUCACACCUACCCUUCAUGAUCGUGUAGUUGGUCUGAGAUUAUGACGAGGGUCACCCGUGAUUUUGCCAACACCAUGCAAAAGGAUGCAGUCCCGGCAGUAUCUGCUGACGUGAUAUUUAAUUCCAGUCGUUUUCCAAAUUACAAAAUUGGAGCUAACAAUCAGAUUGUGGAGGCAAAGGAUGACCCUAAAGUGCUAUCCAUGAAGGAAGUUGUUGCCCGUGAGACGGCACAACUUUUGGAACAGCAGAAACGCCUCUCAGUUCGUGACCUCGCCAGUAAAUUUGAGAAGGGGUUGGCUGCAGCUGCUAAGUUAUCUGAAGAGGCUAGGCUGAGGGAUGCAGCUUCAUUGGAGAAACACGUUCUUUUGAAGAAGCUUAGGGAUGCACUGGAAUCCUUAAAAGGGCGUGUGGCUGGUAGAAACAAGGAUGAUGUAGAGGAGGCUAUUUCUAUGGUGGAGGCUUUAGCAGUUCAGCUGACUCAGAGGGAAGGGGAGUUAUUACAAGAGAAGGCAGAGGUGAAGAAACUAGCAAAUUUUCUUAAGCAGGCUUCAGAAGAUGCUAAAAGACUUGUUGAUGAGGAAAGAGCAUUUGCUCGUGCUGAAAUAGACAAUGCUAGAGCAGUAGUCCUGAGAGUGGAAGAGGCCCUUCAAGAACAAGAUCGAAUGUCUCGUGGUUCUGGAAAGCAGGACUUGGAUGAACUGAUGAAGGAGGUCCAAGAGGCUAGACGAAUCAAAAUGCUGCAUCAGCCAAGCAAGGUUAUGGACAUGGAGCUUGAGCUUCGAGCAUUACGGGCACAACUUGCAGAGAAGUCUAAGCAUUCCCUCCGGCUUCAGAAAGAGCUGGCAACAAGCAAGAGAGUUGUGGAAAACAGUUCCCAUUUAUUUGAAUUAGAUGGGCACGAAGCUUUAGGUUCAUACUUGCGCAUUCAACCUUGCUCUGAUAAUGCUCCAGAAAUGUCUAAAUGUUUGAUUCAAUGGUAUCGUGUAUCAGCUGAAGGUGGCAAGAAGGAGCUUAUAUCAGGAGCUACCAAAUCAGUUUAUGCUCCUGAGCCUUUUGAUGUUGGGAGAAUCUUGCAAGCUGACAUUGUUUCAGAAGGACAGCAAAUCUCAUUGAAAACUGCCGGUCCCAUUGAUCCAGCUGCUGGUUUGGGAAGCUAUGUGGAGGCACUUGUGCGGAAACAUGAUGUUGAAUUCAAUGUCGUUGUUACCCAGAUGAAUGGUAGAAAUUACCAGUCAGAAUCCAUUCAUGUGCUACAUGUGGGAAAGAUGAGGAUAAAAUUAUGUAAAGGAAAGACAACAAUUGCUAAAGAAUACUAUUGGUCUGCGAUGCAGCUAUGUGGAGUUAGAGGAGGUGGGAAUGCUGCAGCCCAGGCAUUGUUUUGGCAGGCAAAGAAAGGACUUUCCUUCGUAAUAGCCUUUGAAUCAGAGAGAGAGAGGAAUGCAGCCAUUAUGCUGGCCAGGAGGUUUGCGUUUGAUUGUAAUAUCAUACUAGCUGGGCCAGAUGACACAGCUUCUUUGGGAAACUAACCAAACUUCCGAGGAUCUUACGUCCACUAAAUUGUAAUUAUUUGUGUCUUUCCCAUGUAUCAUCUAUCGUAAGUGUGCGAUAGUAGAGAUGGCGCUGUAUAAUUGUAAGAUGGGUUUUCGGCAGUUUUUUUCACCAACACCAAGGCAUUUUUUUUGUUUGCCGUUUUUACCAGAGUGUCAAGUUUUCUACUUCCGUUAGAAAAAUAGCUGCAGCUAAUUGUAAAUCUUUAAGACAUUACAUGAGGUUUUGAAUGAUUGAUAUAUUGGAAGACUGGUGCAUGAUUGAUCAUAUUUAUUGGAGUUCAAUUUGUGACAUUUUUC